UCUGUGUUCUCAGACCUCAAGGUUCUCAGCAACAUGAAGCCAGCAGGUGCCUUUCUGCUUUUGAUCAGCCUGGCCUGUUUGUUCCUCUCUGUAGAUGCUGUGAGCCAAGGAGGGUUUCAGGCAUUUUGCAACAACUAUGAGAAGACACUGGCCACAGAUGGAAAAUCAUGCCCAAAGAUCCACAAGCCAGUGUGCGGCACUGAUGGGAAAACUUACCAAAAUCGCUGUGAAUUCUGUCAAACAGCCAUGGAAAGAAGUGUUGGAAAGCUUGGUUUCAAACAUGAAGGAAAAUGCUGA